UGCUCACUGAUGUGUUAACUAGUGACCGAGAGCUUCUUCCACCUGCACUCUAGCCAUGCAAGCUUCCCUCUACCUGGAAACCAAGACUCUCGCAUGGCCUUCACGUGGCCACACCUCAACCCACCACAUAUUCCGGCCAACACCCACCGUCAGAUUCAGGCCAAUGCCACCAGUCUCCGCCGUGGCCACGUCACCUCCGCCUCUAACUCGGCAGAAGACGCACUCGUUGCCACCGGAGAAGGUGGAGCUCUUCAAGUCACUAGAAGGCUGGGCCUCCGAGACAAUCCUCCCAUUUCUGAAGCCGGUGGACGAAUGCUGGCAACCCAGUACCUUCUUGCCGGACCCGUCGCUCCCUAGAGAGGAGUUCUUGGACCGGGUUCGGGCACUUAGGGACCGGACCGAUGGGCUGCCCGACGAGUACUUUGUGGUGCUGGUCGGGGAUAUGAUCACCGAGGAGGCGUUGCCUACGUACCAGAGUAUGAUCAAUGGGCUCGAUGGGGUGAGAGACGAGACCGGAGCUAGCUCCAGCCCUUGGGCGCGGUGGACUCGGGCUUGGACAGCUGAGGAAAACCGCCACGGCGAUCUGCUUAAAACCUAUCUGUACUUGUCCGGUCGGGUUGAUAUGUUCAAGAUCGAGAAGACUAUUCAGAACCUUAUUGGAGCUGGCAUGGAGCCAGGGACGGAGAAUAACCCAUACUUGGGUUUCGUGUACACUUCAUUUCAAGAGCGAGCCACGUUCAUAUCGCAUGGCAACACGGCUCGGCUGGCUAAGGACCGCGGCGAUCCGGUGCUUGCCCGAAUAUGCGGCACCAUUGCAUCCGACGAGAGGCGCCACGAGUUCGCCUAUUCCAAGAUUGUGGAAAAGCUACUCGAAGUGGACCCAACCGGAGCAAUGGUCGCCAUUGCGGACAUGAUGAGGAAGAAGAUCACAAUGCCGGCCCAUCUUAUGUACGAUGGGGAGGACCCCAAGCUGUUCGAGCAUUUUGCGGCCGUGGCUCAACGGCUUGGGGUGUACACGGCACAUGAUUAUGCGGACAUUUUGGAGUUUUUGAUCGGACGGUGGAGGCUGGAGAAGGUGGAAGGAAUGACGGGGGAGGGUAAGCGUGCACAGGACUUCGUGUGUGGGUUGGCGCCGAGGAUCAGGAGGCUAGAAGAGCGGGCCGAUGAGCGAGCAAGGAAGAUGGAGCCGCAUGGCGUCAAGUUUAGCUGGAUUUAUAAUAAACAAGUGGUGCUGUAAUCAAGUGUGCGUUUAAGUAGUUUCUCUUUUCCCUCUCCAACAACCAUCGUGAAUUUUUGUUCAGUUGCUUGAUGUGUGAGAUAAAUAAAGGAAAUGUAGAAGUCAGACGGAAUGGUAUGUUACUAUUAUAGUUACCUGAA